AACUAAUCCGCUUUCCUUUCUGGGCCGAGCGGAUACCUACGGCUGCCUAAGGCUUCCAUGUGGUGCCGCUAGUCCCGUUUAGGCCAGAGUGCGCCCCAAAGCCUCAACUAUCUACUCCGAAGUCGAGUUACUACUGUCUCUCCUCCUCCGAUCGUGGUUCAUACACGACGCGGUGCGCGGGCAAUCUCUUUCGGGGGGUACCGCGCAUGUUCAGCUCUCCUCAUACGAUGCGGAAUAGUUUUCCUCCCAAAUGUGUCUAGCCUGUCCUGCAGUGUCGCAUCCUUUAUUCCUUCCCUGCAAGGACCUGAGAACUCCUAACUAAGCUAUGUAUAUUCUGGUCGGCGUGUCCAGGUACACUGCAAAUGUUGAGCAUAUGGAGGCUCCGACAUGCCUUGCGUCCCUCGGUCCAUUAGUCUAUCCCAUGCCUCUCUUAAUAUCCGCUUGUCGGUGACUACACGUGCUUUCGCCCGUGGCACUCAUCAUAUCCUCAGCCAGCUCUUGUUCGAAGAGGCCAUAAUAUACCCAGAUUAUCGUGCCAUAUGACAAAAACUGUGUGAACCGAUCCCAUAACAGCUCAUAGUGAGCUGUAUCUUGACCCGCACGGCACACCCGAACACCCGGCGUAGUCUGGUAGGCUCUGUAUGAUCGCGGAAGUAGUGGGGUGGAACAAAGAAAUCGCUAUCGCUGAGCUGGAUCAACCAGAACCUUUCUAACCGACACGAAGAUGAAGGAUGAUAGUAGGCGCCAUGGUGGACUCACGAGUCUGCCACAGUGUGGGUUAGUCAGCAAGGUCUCAAAUUUCCGAUCUUGUCCCAGUAAUGUCCGUGGCGAUGGGUACUAGCAGUCGCUUGGGCCAU